AAAAGGUAAACCAAACAGCCUCUCGAUUCACCCUCGACCUUCAUCCCUCGGUCUCCCUUCUUCUCCUCCUAGGUCGAAUCUCACCCGUCUCCCUCGCAAUCCGUCGCGCCGCCUCCGCCAUCUGUACUCCCUCGUUCUCCGCCGCCUUUGUCGCCGCCUCUCUCCCCAUCCGCCGCCGUUGCCGGAUUCGUCAUCUUCUGCCUUCGAAUCUACCGAAACUUAAUUCAGAAGAUUUAGAAAUGCCAAAGGUGAAGACAAAUCGUGUCAAGUAUCCUGAGGGUUGGGAACUGAUAGAACCUACUCUUCGUGAGUUGCAAGGAAAGAUGAGAGAAGCUGAGCUUGAUCCCCAUGAUGGCAAAAGGAAAUGUGAGGCAUUGUGGCCUAUUUUCAAAAUAGCACAUCAGAAGAGUCGCUACAUUUUUGACCUUUAUUACCGGAGGAAAGAAAUAUCCAAGGAACUAUACGAGUUCUGUCUGGAGCAAGGCUAUGCGGACCGUAAUCUGAUUGCAAAAUGGAAGAAGCCCGGCUAUGAGCGGCUUUGCUGCCUAAGAUGCAUGCAACCGCGCGAUCACAAUUUCCAGACGACGUGUGUUUGUCGAGUCCCCAAGCAUCUGAGGGAGGAGAAGGUGAUAGAGUGCGUCCACUGUGGUUGUAGGGGUUGUGCAAGUGGUGACUGAUCCAUCUCGGGAAGAAAUUGUGAACUUUGGGUCUCCAUUCCUGGUACCCAUAUUUCAUUGGCCAAUUGAUGUCUAAAAUAGGUUGAUGGCUUGAAUCACCUGUACUGAGAUACUUUGCAAUAGCUGAGACCUUUCUUGUGAGUUGUGAUGAUACUUGUAUCAAGAAUUUAGUCCUCUCUCUCUUUCAUUGGCCAAUUGAUGUCUAAAAUAUGUUGAUGGCUUGAAUCACCUGUACUGA